AUGAAGAUUCAAAAUAUGAAGUGGCUCUUAGCGUUCAUGUUUACAACAAAAUUUGCAUAUGCAGAUUAUGUUUUCAAAUGUUAUGAUUUGGAGAUAACAUCAGAGUUAAUCAGGCAUUCCUAUGAAUCUGCGACAGAUAGAUUAGUGCCAGGCUUUCCCGCAGUUUUUUCAAUUCCAUAUUUAUACGAAAAUAGACCAGUCGUCGUCUAUGCCAUACUUGGCCAAGACGAAACUGAGAUAGCAGAACAAAUGUAUCGACCUUACCUAAUAUGGAGCCGCACACAUCUAGAUUGGGGUGUGUAUUUUCUGGGUGACAACGGCUACCAGAAGUGUGAGCAAAAUCCAGCUUAUGAAGGGGCAACUUUUGAACAGAUAGCGUUUGGGCGUCAAUAG